CCCGCAGAUAAUGGUACAGCCCUGUGUUGAAAUUCCGAGAAUUGAGCUGCUGUGUUUCUUAGAACUGGAUUCUCAGAACUGGUGAUGCACAGAGUUUCGAGGAAACUUUUACAAGAUUUCGACAGCAUGGCCACGACUGCAGAUGGCUGCAUUCAAUUCACGCGCCAUGCAGGUGACGUCCUGCUCAACUUCAACCGCCUCCGCAGCAGGAACAUCCUGACCGACGUCACCAUACAGGUGGACGGACAGCAGUUUCACGCUCACAAGGCCAUCCUGGUAGCCUGCAGUGGAUUCUUUUAUUCUGUGUUCAUGGACCCCGAGAACGCAAACCUCAGUGCCAUCAGCUUGGACCCCAAAGUGGACCCCAAGGGUUUCUCCAUCCUGCUGGACUUUAUGUACACGUCCUGUCUGGACCUCAAGGACAGUCUGGUCCUGGUCACCAUGAACACAGCCAUCUACCUCCAGAUGGAACAUGUGGCCGACACCUGCCACAGGUUCAUCAAGUCCAGGCAUCUGUCUGUGAAUACCGAAGAGCUACAGAUGAACUCACUACAUCUGGCUAAGGAGGUCACCGCUUCAAGGCUUGUCAACGAGAUAGAGCCAGACUUUCAGAGUAACCACACAACAGCUUUAUCCUCUCUCUACAUGCCCAAUGUUUUCAGAGGGAUCAACACCUCUGGCUCCUAUCAUGUCUAUGGGGACCACCACGUCCCCGCUGGGAAGCUGGAAGGCCCCCAUAAGAGACGAUGCUCGCAGGAACCCAGCGCCAACGUGGCUCACAAUGAGUCCGCUACCAUCAUCUCCCACCCAGUGCCAUGCCAUACCAGUUUCCCCACUUCUACCAUCCGACCAGCGGGAGCUCAUGGGAGACUUCAAAGGUCUGACACUCCCAUGGAAGAAGACAGUAUCCAGCAUCCACAGACCAGCUGCCUAAGAUUAUCCCCAAGUUUUAUCAAAGGUGUGAUCUGUAGCCCUCAAAGCCCCCUUAGAUCUGACUGCCAGCCCAACUCGCCCACCGAGUCCAACAGCAGCAAGAACGCCACGCUGAGCCUCAAACAGCCCUCAGAAUUGCCCGCAGCCCGCAACUGGAAGAAGUACAAGUUGAUCGUUCUGAACCAAGCGUCUCAGGGAGGCAGUGACGACGCCCCGGCCAUGUCCCCAACACCAAGCCCCUGCAGGGGUGGUUCAGCAGGUGGACACGGUGAGGUCCAGGCAGAGGAGGGAGCCAGUGACCACACAGAGGAAAUGCUCCUGUCUCAGAGUGUGGACAGCUGCAGCAGCAGCACCUGUAGCAGCAUCAGCCACAGCAGAUGCUCCUCCUGUGGCUGCGACAGCCCUCCAUGCAUGGAAAUGGGUCACCUUUCUCCAGACUCAUACAGCAGAGAUGACACCACCAAACUACACUCAGAGUACUCCCCCUCCAGAUGUGAAAACAACACCUACUUCUGCAACGGGUGUGACUCCAAGUUUAUAGAGGAAGAUUCCCUGAAAGACCACAUGGUCCAGGUCCACAGUGACAAGCCAUACAAGUGUGACUGCUGCCAGGCCGCCUUCCGCUACAAGGGCAACCUUGCCAGCCACAAGACCGUUCACACUGGUGCGAAGCCGUACCACUGCAACAUCUGUGGCGCCCAGUUCAACCGACCGGCCAACCUCAAGACGCACACCCGCAUCCACUCUGGAGAGAAGCCAUACAAGUGCGAGACGUGCGGCUCCAGAUUUGUCCAGGUGGCCCAUCUUCGCGCCCACGUGCUAAUUCACACCGGAGAGAAGCCGUACCCUUGUGAGAUCUGUGGAACGCACUUCCGCCACCUUCAGACGCUCAAGAGCCACAUGCGCAUUCAUACCGGAGAGAAGCCUUAUCAUUGUGAAAAAUGCGACCUCCACUUCAGACACAAGAGUCAGCUGCGGCUUCACCUGCGACAGAAGCAUGGCGCCGUCACCAACACCAAGGCUCAGUAUCGCAGGACUCCCAGCAACAUCAUCACAGGCCUGGUCAGCUCCUGCUGAGGCUGCCGCCGUCCUGCCCCCGCGUCAUCUUUUGUGUGUGUUUUGUUUUUGUUUUUUUUCCUUUUGUGCGUCGGCUACCAUGUUGUCAAAAAGAGUUUUAUUUUUCACGAAACAGAAAUAUUACAUAUAUGCCCUUUUAUGCAUUUAUAUAUGAUGCACAUUACCUUAUGUAAGCUCUUUGGUAUUGCAAAGAUUGUAGAAGUUAAUGCUCGUGUUGUGAAUGUCUAACCACAGAAUGUACAUUUUGAAUGUGAAUUUGAGCUGGUGUUUCUCUGUUUAGCAAAAAUACUGAACACAGUGUCAGCGUUGAAGGACAGUCCUCUUUCUCAUUUGGAUUGAGAAUCGCUGUUACAGUUUUGCUUAAGAUGCUGGUAUGAAUCUGCGCGGUAGCGUGGUCACAGUUUAUGCAGUUAUUUUUGUUUAGACUGUGUUUGUAAAUAAGAUAAUAUAUAUUCUCAGUAUGCCAUCUGCUGGCAGAGUAUGAAUAUAUUUACUUUAAAGGUUGUGUUUUUUUGUUUGUUUUUUUAUGUCCAGUGAGUGUCACUGACUGUCAAUAACACAAGGGCUUGUUAUUUUGCCAUAUCAUAGCUUGAGGUACGUAUUGUAAUAUGUACAGAUUGUCACUCUUAAAAAAAUUGCGGUGUUCUUAUUUUUUCUUUUCUAGCCUUUUGGUAUUUUGCACAUACUUACAAUGCCGUAAUUCAUAUAUUUUCAUAUUUUUCAUGCAAAUAUUUCUACUUAAAAUGUUCUUAAUAUGUUGAAGUUGUUCGAUACACCCAGUGCACCCCGGCACUUGCUAUAUUCUUAUUUAUAUUCUAACUGUUCAUUGCUGUAUAGUAUCACAUUUUGGGUGGUGCAACAAUCCAUUUUCCCAAAGUGGAAUCCUUAAAGUUUGAUGGUAUUUUAUCUAACCAUAUGCAUUAUAGUGCACUCGUAUGAACCAGUACAUUCAUAGUGCCUUACAUUCACACUUUUCUAUUGGCUACUCUCUCAGACUACACGUCAGAAGUUUGACAAUAUGACAGCCCCGGUAGUUAAUAAUUGUUUUUUUUUUUUUUUUUUGCAAUUCACAUUCGGUACGUUGCCCUGUUGUCAUGUGUAUGCAUGUCAGGUACUGGAAAUUUUGGAAUUAAUCUGUUGUCUGUAGCUCUUAAAAUGCAGAUACACCAGGCCUCAAGCUAAAAAACAAAAAAAUGCUCAGGAAUCUUAGUAAGAUGUAAGCCAAUGUCUUUGUAAUUGCAGAUAUAUAUAAGAAAUAUAUAUAUAUAUGUGACAUGAAAAUAAAAUGCACAUUAUGUAGCA